GGCCACCCGAGAACAGUCAGGUCCUGAAGAGUGUAAGAAAGGGCCGAAGACAGGAAAAAAGCAAACAAAAAAGACCUUGGUAGUAAGAAGUGGGCAUAGGACAGUCCAGGGAAGGGUACAGAGACAAGCAAGAGACCUUAGAAAACCUGCAGACAUGUCUAAAGCGUGCACCCUGAAGAUUAGUCCUGCCAACAAGGAAAAGGUGGAUGGAUUCUGUGCAAGUCUUUACAAUCAGGUCCAAAACUUCCUAUCUGAAUUUGUCCCAGAGAAGAUUCUCUACCUGGAUGGUCUUUUGAAGAGUGACCUCUUCAAUGUCAAGGAUUUGACAACUCUUCAUGCUGAGCUGAAUAUUCCCAUUCCAGACCCUCCUUCUCCAGAGUCUGAGGAUUCAAAAAUGGAAACUGAUAAGGAAGAAAAGAAAGCUCCUAAAUGUGGAUUCUUGAAGGAAAAUGAGAAGAUUCAUAAAAUCCUGAACGUUGUCCUACCUGAGAUAAGGAAACUGCGUGAGGGAUGUGCGCUGGUUAUCACCUGGAUCCAUCAUGCCAUUCCAAAAAUUGAGGAUGGAAAUGACUUUGGAGUUUCAGUACAGGAAAAAGUCUUAGAACGUGUUACAGCCAUAAAAACUAAAGUAGAAACAUCUCAGACCAACAUCAACAAGUAUCUCACAGAACGUGGAGAUGCUGUUGCUAAAGCUUCAAAGGAAACCCACGUGAUGGACUACAGAGCCCUGGUUCAUGACAAAGAUGAAGGUGCCUUUGUAGAGCUAAGAGUAGCUCUCAUGGAAGUGAGAAAUAUCUAUGUUGAAAUAUUUGAUAUUAUUUUCAAAAACUUUGAGAAAAUCACAAACCCUAAAGGAGAAGAGAAAAGCCCAAUGUAUUGACUUUAUUCCAAGAAGCCUCCUAUGUACUACAUCCUUCCAGACUACUCUUUUAAAAUUCUGUCAUCAGGUUUCUUACUUGUACACUGAAAGCAAAUAGAAUAAAGAAAGCUUCAGAAGACUGUGAUAUGGGCUUUUA